GUAAAUAAUGGAUAACAUUAGAAAACCAAGUGCAAAUAUUAUUCAGUAUUCACAUUGGGAUUUGGAUGAAGUAAUCUGUUAUGUGCUUUAUCUUGGAAGAUAAACAGCACCCUCCUGCUAUUUCCUCGCUCUGUUUCCCUGAGAGCACAUUGGAGUGAAGCAAUUGUUCUCUCUUUCUUUCUACAGACAUCUCAUCAUCCCUGAGAAGACUGUCCCACAGCUGUCCCCCUCAAUCUCACUGCCAAAUAUUCCUUCACACAUCUGUGAUGGCCAACUCCACAGAACGUAGCGUAACCCCCACUGAAAGCAAUUCUGACACAUCACCCACAUCUAUUCAGGGACCAUACUUUGAAGCCAUAGUUGGAGUUGUCAUUGCUGUGGUGGUUCUGGUCCUGAUCCUUCUCCUUGCCAUCAUUCUGCGAUACCUUUACAAGCACAAGGGCACAUAUCAUACCAAUGAGGCCAAGGGCACAAAGUUCGCGGAGACAGCAGACACUGCUCUGCGUGGAGACCCUGCCCUGCAGGACGCCAUGGAUGAGAGCAAGAAAGAGUAUUUCAUAUGAGACACAAUAGCUGGCCCUUUAUACACAUCAUAUUAUAAACUCCUACAGGCACACAUGAUGCCUCAAUCCUGUUUGCUGGAGCGGUGAAGUAACUGUUUUCUAACAGAAACAAACGUGUGAAAUGUCUUCUAUAUUUGAGAUUGUGUAUAUUUAUUUGUUCCACAGAAAGAAGUAAUAUUGAGUACAGAUGAAAGAAUAUUCCACACUCCUUGUAAAGCUGAGUGUCUGAACAAACAUCAGCUCAGGAGAAUGAGAUGCUAUUCAGAUAAAGGGAAGGAAAGUCUUUGAUCUCGUUAGACAGAAUGUGAAUGAUAGGAGAUAUAUGAAGACAUUGAAAUCAACACUGUUACAAAACAAGAAUGUGAAAUUAAUUGGUCUCAUAUCUAUAUUCGAUAUACUGUUUAUGACAUAUGUAACCCUGGACUAUAAAAAAGGUCUUUAUGGUAAUUUAUUUUUUAAUUGAGGUUAAUACAUCAUCUGAAAGCUUAAUAAAUAAGCUUUCCAUUGAUGUAUGGUUUUAAAUAUUGGACAAUAUUUGACCGAUAUACAACUAUUUGAACAUCUGGAAUCAGAGGGUGCAAAAAAAUCAAAAUAUUGAGAAAAUUGCCUUUAAAUUUGUCCAGAUAAAGUUCUUUGAAAUACAUAUUACUAAUCAAAAAUUAAGUGU